AGUCGCCCCCCCUGCCCAGAGAGACAGACACGGAGAGAUCGAAGCAGAGUGGACGCUCGAUACGCCGUCCGUCAACAGGAACAAGCUUUCUAGAAUGGCGGUGCUGCUGCGCCCGGCGGCGAUCGCCGGCGGCCGGCAGGUGUGGCCGGUGGCGGAGGAGCAGGCCGACGCCGCGGCGGCGGCCUCCCAGCGGCUCGUGGAGGCGGUGGCGCGCGGCGACUCGAGGGAGGCGGGCGAGCUGCUCGCGUCCGGGCGGGCGGACGUGAACUACGCCGGCGUGGUGUGGCUCGACGCGCGGCGGGUGGCGGAGGCGGCGCUGCGGGAGGGCGCCGCCGCCGAGCUGCGCGCGUCGCGCGAGGAGAUCCGCGCCGACGUCUCCCCGCUCUUCCUCGCCGCCGGCAACGGGGACGUCGCGCUCGUCCGCGCGCUGCUCGCAAAGGGGGCGGACGUGAACGGGAAGGUGUUCCGUGGAUACCCGGCGACGGCGGCGGCGCGGGAGGGGCGCGCGGAGGUAGCGGAACUGCUGGUGCGCGCAGGUGCGUCGCAGCCGGCCUGCGAGGAGGCCAUCGUGGAGGCGGCGCUGCAGGGGCAGGCUGCCCUGGCGGCCAUCUUCAUGCGCUCCGACCUCGUCCGCCCGCGCGUCGCCGUGCACGCGCUCGUGUCUGCCGCCACUCGCGGCUUCGUCGACGUGGUCGACACGCUCGUCAAGUGUGGGGCUGAUCCAAACGCGACCUCCCGGGUGCUUCUGCGUUCUCUCAAGCCAUCACUGCAUCUCAAUGUCGACUGCACACCGCUCUUCGCCGCGAUCGUGAGCCGGCAAGUCGCCGUGGUUCGUCAGCUACUUCAGGCUGGUGUGAAGAGGGACACCAAGGUGAGGCUUGGAGCGUGGUCCUGGGACGCGGCCACCGGGGAAGAGCUGCGCGUCGGCGCGGGGCUCGCGGAGCCCUACGAUGCGGCCUGGUGCGCGGUGGAGUACUACGAGUCCACCGGCUCCAUCCUCCGCAUGCUCCUGCAGAACGGGUACUCGUCGGGCGCCACGCACGUCGGACGGACGCUGCUCCACCAAGCCAUCCUCUGCGGGAGCGUCGGCGCCGUCGAGACGCUGCUGGCUUCUGGCGCCGAAUGCGAAGCUGCCGUGAGGACCUCCCGGAGCGGCAGGUUCAGGCCUGUUCACUUGGCCGCGCGACUCGGCCAGCCGGAGAUCCUGCAGACGCUCAUGGACAAGGGCUGCGACGUCAACGCGAGGGCGGAGGCUGGCGAUGUCGCCGUCAUCCUGGCCGCACGCCACAAGCAAGAGGACUGCGUCAGGGUUCUCGUGUCCGCCGGGGCGGACGUUGCGCUGUUGAACUUGGCAGGCGAGUCGGCGGCAUCCGUCGCCUCUUCGGGCGGCUGGAAGGCGGGCUUCGAACGCGCCGUUCUUGGUGCGAUUCGGUCCGGGACCAUCCCUCUGUCCAGCGAUCGCCACGUGUUCUCGCCCAUGAUGUUCACGGCGCGCUGCGGCGAUGCCGCCGCGCUGGAGGUGCUGCUCGCCCAGCCCGGCGUGGACGUGGACGAGCAGGACGCGGACGGGUGCUCGCCCAUAAUGGCCGCCGCCAAGGAGGGCAAUGUUGACGCCUUCCGCGUCCUCGUCUUCGCCGGCGCCAACGUGAGGCUGUGCAACAAGCGUGGCGAGACGGCUAUUGGGCUCGCGCAGCAGAGCAAGAAGAGGGACCUCUUCGAGCAGGUCAUGCUCGACUUCGCGCUGGAGAAGGGCAUGCCGGCCGGCGGCUUCUACGCCCUGCACUGCGCGUCCCGGCGCGGCGACAGCGCGGCCGUGCAUCACCUGGCGAGCACGGGCUACGACGUCAACAUCCCGGACGGCGACGGCUACACCCCGCUCAUGCUGGCCGCGAGGGAAGGCCACGCGGCGGUGUGCGAGCUCCUGAUCUCCCACGGCGCACGGUGCGACAUCCAGACCCUGCGGGGCGAGACGGCGCUCUCACUCGCGCGGUCGGCGCUGGCCACCGCGGCGUUCAACAAGGCCGAGGACGUGAUCAUGGACGAGCUGGGCCGGCAGCUGGUCCUGGCAGGCGCGCACGUCGUGAAGCACACCAAGGGCGGGCGCGGUAGGCCGCACGGCAAGUCGCUGCGGAUGGUCGCCGCGGCCGGCGUGCUCCGGUGGGGCGGGUCGAGCCGGCGCAACGUGAUGUGCGUGGAGGCCGAGGUCGGGGGCAGCUCGGCGUUCCAGCGGCGCCGGCAGAGGAAGGGCCGCCGGGGGGACGACGCGUACGCGCCGGGGCUGUUCCGCGUGGUGACGGCGACGGGGAAGGAGGUGCACUUCGUGUGCCAGGGCGGGGAGGAGGCGGCGGAGCUGUGGGUGCGGGGCAUCAGGGCGCUCACCAGGGCGGUGUUCGGCAAGCGGGGGAACUAGAUAGUGGCAUGGCCUUCUUCGCUCCGUGUAGGCUUGGCUUUGGUAGUUUGCAGCAAGCGUGCCUGACGUGCCUGACGUGCCUGUAAAGAGUAGGGGACAUAGAGCAGCGAGUUGAUGCGUGGAGUCGGGUGUGCUGGUCUUCUGCUCGAAGGCUUUGCCGGGUUGCCAUGAUGUUUUUGGUUCAGGGCCUGUAGUUUGUACAGCUUUGGUGUAUGUUUUUGGCCAAGUUGCUUUGGCUAUGCUUGUAGUUGGCUUUCACUCUGAAACUCUCACUAUCUUCGAGAAGUUCGCCCUUUCAUCACGCC